GUUAAGACGUGCCUUGUCAUGAAGGACUUUUACUUAUUCACAAUUUUGUAGCUUUCACUUCUAUCGCAUGUGAACAGCACAUGUCCGUUCUAUUUUGUUUAUAGAUAUAUAUCAGGAAAUUUACAAAAUAAACGGAAAUGUUAUAGACCGUUUGGAACUGGAACGGAUCAAAUUAUGUAAAAAGUUCACAAUCAUAAAUUGUCUUUGGAGUAAAAAAAAACACUUUGUCACAUAAAAAUAUCUGACAACAUUUUGACAAGGAGAGAGGUAUUUUCAAAAAAGAUUGUAACAGAUUAUUCCAUUUUGGUUGAAAUAAUGUUCAAUUUGUUAGCAGUAUUGAUUUAACAAACAUCAAAUAAGUUAUAUUUUUUAAUAUUGUUAUAUUGAAAUCGAAAUGUCCAAACUCCUGACGCAACUACAGAAUAGUGGAGGAUUUCUAUUAUUGAAGAGAUGUUACGCUGCUAAGCCAAAAGAGAAGGGAAAAUCCUCUGCUCCACCGAAACAAGUGGACCCGCGGAGGGUAUUCAAAAUAUACAGGUACGAUGGCACCCUUACUAAGGACAAGCCGAAACUUCAAAACUACGACUUGGACGUGAGCACUUGCGGUAAAAUGGUACUCGACGCUCUCAUAAAGAUCAAAGACAUGGAUCCGAGUGUCACCUUUAGGAGGUCCUGCAGGGAAGGCAUCUGCGGCUCCUGUGCCAUCAAUCUCCAAGGGCACAACUGCCUCGCUUGCAUCACGGCUAUACCUCCAGACAAAACUGUCACUAUCUACCCGAUACCUCACAUGUAUGUUAUUAGAGAUUUAGUGGUUGAUAUGACACAUUUUUUCAAUGGCUACAACAGCAUCCGGCCGUACUUGAUUAGGAAGAACGAUGAGCCGCUUGGCAACUUCCAGUAUGCACAGAGUGUGAAGGAUAGUCUUAAAAUGGUCGGUCUGUAUGAGUGCGUCUUGUGCGCUUGCUGUUCUACGUCUUGCCCGAGCUACUGGUGGAAUGGGCGGAGGUUUUUGGGGCCAGCUAGUUUGCUGCAUGCCUAUCGAUGGGUGAUCGAUUCCAGAGACGAGGACACCGAGAGAAGGUUGUACGAUUUGAGGGACGAUUUUAAAGCGUUCCGUUGUCACGCCAUCAUGAACUGCAACCUGGCAUGCCCCAAGGGUCUGUUGCCGGCCACUGCGAUUGCGAAAUUAAAACGGCUCAUUUCAGCUUUGGACAAGAAACCAGCACCUGAAAUGGAACCCCUGAAGUUCUCUGGUGGUGGUUCUUGCCUGAAAAAAUGAUUUAUUAAAUAAAUACGCAGUUUGGAUUUAAAUUUUUAAGUUUCGUUUCGAAGCGCAAUUAAUGUAAAUGUUAUUUUUGAAAUAUCUUUAGUUGGGUUGUUGUGUAUUUUUUUACGAUAUACCGGAUGUUCCUCUACAGAUUUGUUAUAAUUUAUUUAUAUUAACUAUUUAUUAAUGUUUGUUAUAAAUUUGUUUUUAUUUAUUUGAAUAAAUUUGUAUAGCUUAAUAUGUGACUUUUUUUCUAUGUUAAUCGUAUUCAAUUUUUAUUUAUUUUCUAUAAUAUAAACUUCCGGGCACACGUAUCGGCCCACUUAGCAUUACAAGUUUCAGCGGUCUGUAGCAAAAAUAUAUGUUUAUGGUUGAAGAAUAAAUUAAAAAUAUACGAAAAGAUGGGUAAUGAAAUCAGCUUCAAAACUGCGUAGGCAAUAACUUUUCACUCAAUGUAACAUUUAUUUUUAGCAAGGUGAGGCUAGAUGGGCCGAUAGAUGUGUCCGGAAUUGUAUUAAUAUUAUCGUCUCUGUUAGUGUUACCUUCAUUCUUUGAUAAUUGAGGAGCUGUCGAACAAAACGGUAUAAAUACAGAAUUGGUGACAAUAAUUUUUUUUACAAUCCAGCGGUUUUGGGCCCUUUGAAUUGGAAUCUCAAGUCUUUUUCAAUAAAUAACACAUAAAACAGCGUAAAAAUUACUAAAUUAAAAACCACUCACUCACUGUAGGUAUGUCAUUCAGUUUUUUUUAUUGCGCCUGUAAAAUUUAAAUUUAUGUAAUUUUAACUUUUUCUUCGCCAGCUCCUCAAUUGUGAUGUCGUGUGAGGCGGGUCGUUACGUUCCCUAAAAUAUGGUUGAGCGAAGCGAUGGCUGGUUCAUGCGUCAUGCUCGUGAACUGGUGCUGCAAGCGGGGAUGAUUCUACACUAUACUGCUUUACUUUUGAGAUCUUAUCUAUAAUACUUAAUACUGUUUGUAUUUAUACUGUAUGACACAUCAACCCAAAUGUGAGUGGACGUUGUAUUGGUAGCGACAUGUUUUUUUUUGUAAAUGUUGCUACUUCUGUUAAACGCUAAAGAGUUUCUUGCGCCCUUGAUGAGAAGAAUCUCAUCAGCUAAAAGAUGUCCUGAAUGGGUGGUAGGAAAAAUUAUUGGACGAUUCAAAGGAGCUUUCAGUAAGUCAAUUUGAAUAAAGUAUAAUUUCAUUUCAUUGAAAUGGGUUUAGUUUUUUUCCUAAUUACCUAGUCCAGUGGUCCCACUGUCAACACUUAUAAAAGGUUUCAAAGGCAGAGGCGGCCUGCGACCGCAGCCACCUCUGAUUGGUCGUUUGUGUUUGAAGACUCGCAGUCAUACAUUGCAAGCAAAUAAAGCCAGCCAGCCACCCCUGCCGCAACCGCAAGCCGCGUCUGCCGGUGACUAACAUAAGUUAGUUACCUUAUAAAAGGCGCAUUUGUUUUUUUCCGUGGGUUAUUU